GGUCACGUGUCUAAAGGCGCGCUCGCGGGAAUUGGAGACGUGCGUGCGGGUGCCCGGCUCGGACGGCGGAAGACGCCCAGGCAUGGCCGAGUGCUGUCGGGAUGUUGUCUAUCGGGCGAAUGACGGCGAACUGGAGAUGUCAGCGGCGGUGGCAGGGGAUGACGCAGCCUUAGUGAAGGCUUAUGACAAGGCGAUCACAUCCUUCCAGGGUUCAGACUGUGAAGAAAAAGUUCCGACCGACGAGCAGGAAGGGUCACUGAAGGCUGCGGGUCACAGCGAGGAACCUGAUGAUGUCACUGUGUCCAAACAGGUUGAUUAUGAGGACUGGGGUGUGGGGUCGCGUUGUCGUGCACGCUGGUCUGCGGAUGGCCUGGUCUAUCCCGCCGUGUUGGUCUGGGUCGAGGGCGUGCAGGGCAGGGUGAAGUUUGACGGCUAUGGAAACGAGGAGGAGCUUCAGCUGUCGAUGCUGCUGCCUGGGGAGCCUGAGCCGUGGACAGUAGGGUCCCAGUGCCGGGUGGUGUGGUCCGGAGACGGCUUGGUGUACCCUGCGGUGCUGAUCUCCAUAAAUGGGGACCGAGGGCGGGUGCGAUUUGAUGGCUACGGGAAUGAGGAGGAACUGGAGCUAAGUGCUCUGCUGCCCCCAGGAGAGCCGGAGCAGAGUGGCAGCACUGCAGACCAGGCUCUGGAAAGGAGCCCAGAUGGUGGUAGUAGCAGCUCCGACUGCAAACAUAAGGAGAAACAGAAGAUAAGUGCUGACAGAGAGGGUCUGCGCAGCCUGGGCUCCAGCUGCGUCACUGGUUCUGGUGAAGACGGCAAUAAUUACUAUACAAGGAGUAAAAAAGAACGGAAAAGCACAAAGAUGACAGGCAGCUGGAGAGGCAGACCAGAAGGAACCUGCCCCACAUCAGCUCACCCUUUUCCCAGCUUUCCUUCUGUGCCAGCAGCCAAUGACAGCUCAGAGGGGUUUUUGCCUCUCGUCCCGCCGCCACCUCCCCUUUGCGCCUUGCCCACCAGAGCGGGGGCUGAUGGCGGCAUCGCUGGCCUGGACCAGGAAGUGGCUCAUCUGUCCAGCAUUCUGCUCUCCUGGUACCUCUGCGGGUACCACACCGGCUACUACAUGGCCGAACAACGCACGAAAGCUAACGCAAUGACCGACACGAAGAAACCUAAGAACAAGUACAAGUGUGAGGAGCCUUAAGAGCGUUUCUUCUGACGAUAUGAGGGCUGGAGACAAAAUGAGGUUUAAGUCAGUGCCAUGUUUACCAGUGCUAAGUGCCUUUGAUGUGGUUUUCCAUUCUUGGCCCUGAAAAGGACACAUGGAAGGACGAGUGACGAGUCCCAUUUUUGGUUGUGUUGGGUUAAGUAUGUCUUAAACUGAGUGGAGGGGAUUUCCUGACCUCACUGCUUAUGUGCUGUCUAGCAUGUGCCUGGUUCUUCUGGAUCUGUAUAAGCUCCAUCACACCGGGGGUUCAUCUACACUCUCAGAAAAAAGGGCAAAAUUUGUACCUUGCUUGUCACUGAGGUUGUACCCCUGUAACUGUACCUUUCGAGGUACAGAAAUGGACUCAGAAAUAUCCCGAAGGUACAAACAGCAUUGGUGUUACAUCAUUGGUGCAGAAAUGUUCCUCAGAGUCCAUUUCUGUACCUAAAAAGGUACAAUUACCUACAGCUAAGGGUAACAAUCAGCAGACCCUUUACGGUACAGACCCAGUGACAAGCAAAGGUACAAAUUUUUUACCCUUUUUUCUGAGAGUGUUUUCAGUUUCUCAUUCCUUGUAUAAAUUCGAAACCAUGGACAGAAAGACAGAAGCUUGUUAUAAAUAAGCUGAAAUUUGCAGUGACACAUUUCCAAUAAAAUUUAAAAUGAGAAAUGUUAAA